AUGUCCCACCUCUUCGUCAAACCUCAUCUAGCUGCGCAGUACUCGUUCGCAUCAAGAACGAUUGAAGACGACAUGGCUCAGAUACAGAACAACCGCCAAUAUGAGCUCAUCCUGCUCGGCGCUACCGGAUACACUGGAAAGCUGGUCGCAGAAUGGAUCAGUACACACCUUCCUGAGGAUCUGAAGUGGGCAAUCGCUGGACGCAAUGCGAAGAAGUUGCAGGGUGUCAUUGAUGAGCUGAAGAAACUCGGUGCGAGCCGCAAGCUGCCAGACGUUGAAACCUGCGACCUUGAGCCAGACCAACUCAACACUCUCGUGACGAAGACCAAACUCCUCAUCACUACUGUUGGUCCCUUCAUGCACUACGGCGAGCCCGUCCUUGCUGCGUGUGCCGCUAACGGUACUCACUACCUGGACUCUACCGGCGAAGUACCCUGGAUCUACGACAUGGUCGCCAAGUACGAUACACUUGCGAAGUCCAACAAGAGCAUCAUCAUUCCAGAGGCGGGCCUCGACUCUGUGCCCGCCGACAUCAUGGCAUAUGUUCUCGCCCGUGCAGUGCGAAAAAGGCUGCAAGCAGAUUGCGAACGUGUCAUCAUGACACUGUAUGAUUUCAAGACUGGCGUCAGCGGUGGCACCACCUUAACUAUGCUGGAGCUGUUCAACAACUACUCACUGGGUCAUUUGGCGAAGAGCAUGCACCCUUACAGUCUCAGCUCUGUCAAGUCCGACAAAGUUGUUGACAACCCAGGCGGAGGCCUCCUCGGUCUCCCUUCGAUUCCUGAACUCGGUGGCGUGCAGACUACAGGCGCUAUGGCGAGCGUGGAUACAUGUAUCGUGCAUCGAUCUGCUGGAUUAUACGCAUCUACAUCUUCUGCAUACGGACCCCGCUUCCGUUUCAACGAGUACAUGCGCGCGACCUCGCUUCUCAGCGGCUUCGCUUUCAAGGUCGCUCUCGGUCUUAUAGGGCUCUUCCUUGCGCUGCCACCCACGCGCUGGAUUCUCGCACCGCUGAUCAAAAGAUUCUUGAUCCCAAAACCAGGUGAGGGGCCGACGAGGGAGAGCAUGAAGAACGACUUCUUGUCUUACCGUGGUGUGGGAGUUGCCGAGGGCAGUGGUCAAAAAAUUACUGCGAAGAUCGACUGCGCGCAUGGCGGGUAUGCAGCUACAGCGAUCACAUUGGCGGCUGCGGCGAAAGUCAUUCUAAGAGGCAGACUCGAGGAAACGGAGGCUGGAAGACUUGGAGGUGGCAUACUCACGCCUGCCACGCUGGGUGAGCAGUAUGUUGAUGUGCUAAACGAUUUCGGGAUGAAGAUCAAGGUCGACGGAUAA